AUGGGCGGCGAGCGACAAACUCCAAUGCCCAUCUUGCACAAAUCUUCCAACUCGAAAGUGAAGAAAACCGUGUCAUCGGGAGGCUACCACAAACUCGACCAUCAACGAUACGACAUAUGGCAGUAUCCAGACAGCCUGGUCCCCUGGAAUACGGAAGAUACGCCCCCUUUUCUGGGCGACAUGGGCUAUCAGCCUUCGCUCUACCCUGCUAGUUCAUUCCAAUUCGAUCAAUGGAAUGAGCCACAGCCGCCAUGGACCCCGGGCUUCUACCCCAUGGUCCCAGUAGAGAAUUUCUUCUCUGAAUCUGACUACCCCCUCGAUCACCAGCCUUCAACCGAAGAUGCGUUCACAAUGGAGCAUGCAUUUAACCUCAAAGAUGAGUCGCAUACCAAUGCUCCAUCCUCCCUGCCAUCGCAGCCUCCCAGUCUUAUAGACUCGGGUUCAUUUCCCGUCCUGGACAGUAACUGGGACAACCCCUGGGACAAAGUCCCCAUGGCCAAUGAGACCCACAACAACAGAACAAGAAUCUCAGUUGAUGCGAAGAGCUACUCUGUGCGCAAAAGAAUCCUGAAGCUUAACCUCGAAAUGAUCAAUGAUCUCGAGGCCUUGGAGUCAGACUCUGAUAUUAUGCAAUCCUUGAACAUUUUGGGAGAUGACAUCAGCUCCCUGGGAGGCAGACUUGAGGUUCCCAUUUUUCGAAUGCUCAAUCACUCGACAAAAUUCUUAGACAUAAUUGAAUCUGGGCUCGGUAGAUCGGAAGAUCCAUCCCAUGAUCAAACCCCAAGCGUUGAAUCUGCUCCGUUCGAGGAUGCCAAGAACUUUCCAAAAAGCCGAGAGCAAUCCACCGCAUUUGUAGCAUCGCCUCAAGACCACACCGAUCGCACAGUCAGUUCGCCACAAUCAGAUCGUAGCAGAGGCCCCUCACUGCCAGCUUACGACCUGGUAACUUCCAUGGGUAUGCUCACAGCCUAUAGCCAUCUGAACUGCAUCUAUUGUGCUAUUUUCAACCGGCUGUACCAACUAUUUCUUCUUGUCCCACCUGCGGAGGCCUCUUCAUUCCUGCUGUUACCCAACUCGCACUACGGACAGUUUAAUAUGGACAGGAAUAUCACAUUACAAAUCCACGUUUUGACUGACCUCUGUACCAAUAUGUUGGCAAAAAUGGAACUUGCUUUGGGGAUGUCUUGCGGUGAGGUUGAUGGAGACAUCAAUCCGGUCACGUCUGAUCUGGGAAUUGGUGGUCCCCUGGCUUCUGUCCGUGAUCAAAUUAUGACCGAAGAACGGAAUGAGUGUAGCAUUCCGUUGAAAGAGACGAUGGCAUGCCUCCGAAAACUUGUGAAUGAUCCAAGCUUUGUAUGA